AAAACUUUUGUCCGCUGCUGUAUCCGUUCUAGCAGCAUGUAAGGCCAUGUUUGUUUGUUUUGUUGUUGCUAUGUACUCGCAAACAUCAUAAAAAUUCAAAGCUCAUAAAAGAUUGAAAAUCUUUCACUUAUGAAAACAACACAGAAUGGAGUUAAUCGUUGGCUUAUUGACACCCACAACAAUGUUGCUGUGCUAAGCACUUUAGAAAUCUGAACGUAUUUAAACAGAAGCAAAAAUAGCCUACUUGACGUGACACUGUACAGUUUCAGCACUGUAAAUACAGGUGUUUUGAGGACAUGUUUCUCAGCCAGUACUCACGUCAAGUUUAUUUGAGAUAUGAGGAACUGCUGAAUCCACUUCCAGCAUUCAUUCACAGGAUUCCAGCUCCACCCCUCGUCUUUGCCAUUUCAUUGUCUUUCUUCGUCAUUGUUAUCUCGUUGUCUUAGAGAAAAGCAUCAGUUUCCACAGCUCACAGUUGACUUCUGAAACACACAGUGUCAUCUGGUUUGCCAGUGUUGUACUCAGAACGGUCAAUAAAGCCAGUUUAAUUGUCAUCUGCAGUUUGCCGAACAUGGAAAAGGGAAUGUCACCUCCGCCAUAUCCUGGCCCUCCACUGGUCCAGAACAACAUUACCUACCAGCAGCCGCCGGUUACUUAUCAACCUCAAGCAGUUCCGAUGGCUGCUGUAUACAAUCCAAUGACUCAGCAGUCAGUCAUGUGUCCACUGUAACCCAGAUCUAGCAUGGGUCAAAUGGCACCAGUUUACCCAGGAGUAGUUUCUCCAGGCAUGUCUACAUCCACAGUAACUCAGACAAUGCAGUCUACAGCCAUGCCUGGCAUUGCUCCGAUGGCUGUUUACAACCCACAGCCCGCUGUCAUGUCGUCCUCAGUAAUUCAGACGGUUCAGACUGCUGCGCCUCCUCCUGCCCAGACCACAGUGGUGCUCAUGCCCUCACGACUGGGUGAGUGUCCAGGACAGAUGAGAUGUCCUCACUGCCAGCAGCAGGUGGUGACCGAGACCACAUAUGUCAACGGACUGUUGGUGUGGGGCAUCUGCAUUGGUCUCGGCAUUUUCGGGAUCUGGCCGUGUUGUUUGAUUCCCUUCUGUGUGGAUUCCUGCAAAGACGUCCAGCAUCGCUGUCCAGGCUGCAAAUCUCUUGUGUAUGUGUACAAACGUAGUUAAGCUUGUUCUGGAACAAGAACGGGGAAAAAGAAUCUGGACUUGACUGUACUUUCUAAUUCAUUGACAAAUAAUGCUAUACACCUUAUGGGUUUCUCCUUGUUGCAACAUAGGCUCAUUCUGAAAAUGUACAUCUAUAUACAUUUGUGGAGAUUGCGAAUUAUGUAGCCAGAGGUACGUAUGGCUGAAUUUC